UGUCAAUCAAUCAAACCGACUUCUUCUUUUUUUUAUUAUACUUUAUUUUGAAUACGGAUCCUCAUCUUUCUUUGUGAUUACCUGCAAGAUAAGACUAGUUGCAGAACUAUUCUCGACCUUGAUUCACCUUGCUCUCCGUUUAUAUGAUUUUUCAGAAAGCUUUCACAGAAUCCUGGGGGAUUGAGUGCACUAAACGCUAGAGCACUUGGUACAUAAACUAGAUAAUUUUCUUAUUUUCUGACAAGAAUCAAGUGGGAAAAGCCAGCUCUCAUUGCUUUGAUACCCAAAUCUCACUUGUCCUUCACACUACUCUCUCUCUCCCUCUCUUAUUUAAACCCUCCUUGCCCAUGCCAUACAGCAUAUUGCAUUCUCACCACUACUACAAACCCUUCAAGUAGUAUAGUUUUCUUCUGUUCUCUCCUUGCUUUCUUCUCUGUGUUAUGGAAAGAACUCAACAGCAUAGACAAGUUGCCCACAUGAGGCAGUCCCUCUUUGAUCAGGGACUUCUUGAUGAGCAAUUCGUUCAGCUGGAGGAACUGCAGGAUGAUGCUAACCCUAAUUUUGUAGAAGAAGUUGUUACAUUGUUUUACCGGGAUUCAGCUCGACUCGUCCUUAACAUAGACCAGGCACUGGACAAGACCCCUCUUGAUUUUUCUAAGUUGGACAGCUACAUGCACCAGUUCAAAGGAAGUGCUUCAAGCAUUGGAGCCAAAAAGGUAAAGGGUGAAUGCACACUGUUUAGAGAAUAUUGCAAGGCAGGAAAUGGAGAAGGAUGUAUGAAGACCUUCCAACAGCUGAAGAAAGAUUAUGCAGUUCUGAGAAAGAAGCUUGAAACCUAUUUUCAGUUGGCAAGACAAGUGGGGCCCGUCGAGACCGCGUGUCGGCGCAAGUGAGGAUCAACAGUGCCAUGUGGCAAAUGGCCAUUGGCGUAUGUGCACAAAUCCACCAAUCCCUAUCCUGCACCCCCAACCCUAGAUAAAAAGGGUGUAAUAUUUUCCGUGUUUAGGGUUUUAUGAUAUCCCAUGUAAGAUUUGCUUUGGAUAUUUCGGUUGAUGAAUUUAAGUGCUUUAGGGAGCUCUGCUUUCAAAUCUUUUAUGAAA